AAUGAAAAGCAAGAUGUGGGGCUUCCUUCUUCUUGUGAGUGUCACAUUUGCUGAUGUGUCCGUUCGCAGAUUUGAUGGGGAGAAAGUUUUUCGUGUAACACCUCACUAUGAAGGACAGAUCAAUAUCCUCAAAUACAUAGCCAGCAAAAUGCAGGUUGAUUUCUGGCAUCCAGAUUCUGUUGAACAAGUGACAACAGACAUGGCUGUUGAUUUUCGUGUUGAGGCAGACAAGUGUUCUGAAGUGGAGAGUCUCCUGCAGCAGAGUAGGCUGGACUAUGAAAUCUUGAUUGAGAACGUUCAGUCUGUGAUUGACAGGCAGCUUGACCAUCAUGUUCGGGCCACUGGACACCAGUAUGAAAAAUAUAACAAUUGGGAAGCGAUAGAGGCUUGGACAGCUACUAUUGCCAAUGAGAAUCCAACUCUUGUUUCCCGGUCACAAAUAGGAAAUACUUAUGAGGGACGUCCAAUAUAUGUCUUGAAGGUGGGAAGUCCUGGUGUAAACAAAAUGGCUAUCUUCAUGGAUUGUGGCUUCCAUGCCAGAGAAUGGAUCUCACCUGCAUUCUGCCAGUGGUUUGUGAGAGAGGCUGUUCAAGGUUAUGGGACAGAAGCUCUCAUGACUCACCUCCUGGAUAACUUGGACUUCUAUGUCUUGCCUGUCUUGAACAUCGAUGGUUAUGUCUACACUUGGACUAAGUCUCGCAUGUGGAGGAAGACUCGCUCUGCGAAUGCCGGGAGCAGCUGCAUUGGUACUGAUCCCAACAGAAAUUUUGAUGCCGGCUGGUGCACUAUAGGUGCUUCAAACAGACCAUGCGAUGACACUUACUGUGGUAGUGCACCAGAAUCAGAGAGAGAGACCAAGGCCUUGGCUGAUUUCAUUCGUCAAAACCUCUCAACUAUCAAAGCUUACUUGACCAUACACUCUUAUUCCCAGUUACUGCUCUACCCAUACUCCUAUACUUAUUCAGUCACAAAGGACAAUACAGAAUUGAAUGUUCUUGCUGAAUCUGCCGUUUCAAAGUUAGCUUCAGUGCAUGGGACAAAAUACACAUAUGGUCCAGGAGCUACAACUAUCUAUCCAGCUGCUGGUGGCUCAGAUGACUGGGCAUAUGAUCAAGGCAUAAAGUAUUCUUUCACCUUUGAACUUCGUGACAAAGGCCGAUACGGUUUUCUUCUUCCUGAAUCUCAGAUACAGCCAACCUGUGAAGAGACCACAGUUGCUGUUAAAUAUAUUGCCAGCUAUGUUCUUGAUCACCUGUACUAAAACAGCAUU